AUUUGGUGGCCUCUGCCAAACCAGGCGGCCCUUUCUCUCUUCUUUUUUCAGCAAUCAAUCCAAGGGGGGAAGGCUCCAAGACCCCCUUCCCCUCCCCCCAAAUAUACCGAUAGCAACGCGAAGGGAGGAAAACAGGGGGAAGGAGAGGAUUGUUGCAGAGCGGAGCAACCCAAAGCUGGGGUGGGCGCAAGAAGAGAUCCUUGUGGUAUACUUGAAGGGAUUCCAUGGUGCUCCUGUGUGAUGGAAUACAAGACCAAAAUCAGCUCCUGCCCCCUGGAUUAAAGGAUGAGGACGCUUAAAAUAUGGGACCUGUGACUGCUCUACUUCAGUUCACUUAAAGGUACUGCUAUGUGGAUACAUGUUAGCAAUGACUGAUGUAGAAUCUACAUAUGCAGAUUUCAUUGCUUCUGGAAGAACUGGGAGAAGAAAUGCCCUUCAUGAUAUUCUUGUGUCUUCUACAAGUGGGAAUUCUAGUGAACUAUCAUUAAAGUUAUCUGAACUUGAUAUAAACAAAACUGAAGGGGAAGGAGAUGCACAGAGAAAUCCAACUGAACAAGCUGGGGAAGCCCAGGGAGAAGCAGCUAAACAACAAAGCUGAAGUCCCACUUUGACUGACUGCAGCAACUGUGCAAUGCAGCCCAAUUGCAAGCACCUAUGGGGAAAAGCUUGUAUCUUGUGAGCAAGCCAAUGAAACCAAACAGUAAAAUAAAAAUGGAUGGGUCAGAUUAUUGGAACUUGUAUACUCUAGUACUAAAAAGGCAAAAGCUAGUUGUAGCAGCAGACAGAACUUUCUGUACCUCUGCUAGUGAUGGCUGAGACUUCGUUUUUGAUCUCAAGACUCUCUUGGCAGAUGGAUCUCAUUGCAAAUUACCACUUGAUGGAAAGCCCAUAAGAAGCAGAGGAAACUAGAUCUUGUAGCAAACAGCCUUCAGUUCAGCAGAGGCUCAAAUUGCAUGGUAUGACAAUGGUUUCAGUGAUCUGUGGAGGUUGUCUGGCUAGAGGGUUCACCAAUUAAAAUCACAUGUAAAGAAA